AAAUGAACAAGUCUGAUACUCUUCACAAUUAAGAAAACAUUGAUCCAAAUAUAGUUCGCAAUUCUGUUUCUCAAUAAAAAAUAAUAUCAAGAAGUUCAGGUUAAAAAACACCUUGGAGUGCCAAGUAUAUAUUUUAAAAACAUUUUUAUUAGUACUGGAGAAAUAAGUCAUUCUACUAAUGAUGAUAUUGAAAUCUCAUGUUUUUAAGUAGGACCAACCAAAUAAUCAUCGCUUUCAACAAAUUAAGCUGUAAUAUGCUAAACGAGAUUAGAGUAAUAUUUGACUUCAAAUAAUGUUCCUGAUAUUUUAUCAUAUUUAGAUGAAUUUGAAGAUCUAGAUUGGGUUAAAUCUAAUUAUUUAACUCAUUUGAUAGAACUUAUUGUAAAAUAAGAGAGAGAAUAUUUAAAAUAAAGGAUUGUUGGAUUAACAGCGAUAUUGACUAGCAAAAAUUAUUUACUCAAUAGAUAAAUUAUCAAAAUGAUUUUCAGUGUGUCAUCUAGAAUUGGAUCUUAAGAAGGAUUCUAUGCAUUACAUGAAAUACAUCAUCUUUUAGAAACAAUGAUAUUUAAGGAAGAAUUAUAAUAAUAUAAUUAGAUAUAAUAUUUCCCACUUAUUGUAUAUUGUCAUACACAUUAAUUAAUAUAUUGGGGAUUAGCAGCAGAAUGUUGGGAAUUAUUGAAAUUAAAAUUAAACAGAUAAAUUGAAGAAUCAGUUAAGGAUGAAUUUGAAAAAACUGCUUAGAAAAUCUGUGAUAUGCUUUUAAGAUAAUUAAUUGAAUUAAGUAGUUCAAAUGAUUAAUGGUAUUAAAUUUUCAAUUAAGUUCUAUAUGAAGGUGUAAUCAAUUUACAUCCAUCCGAUAUCUUUUUCAAUAAAUUAAUUGAUUAUGCUUUCAGAAAGUCUUAAGUUUAAAUGGCAGAAUAUCUACUAGUAUUUAUGAGAGAUUAAGCCAAGAUUCAACCUACCAUUGUAACUAUUAAUACUAUGAUUGAUUAAUACUUCAAAAAUAAUUAGAAAGAAAAAGCUUGGAAAACAUUUGAAAAUCUUAAAUUAACUUAAACAAAACCUGAUAAUUUUACUUACACUACUCUUAUUAAUGGAUUAAAAAAUUCAGAUAAUAUGGAUUUAAGAUUGGCAUUUUAAUUAUUUGAUGAAUACAAAUAAUCAAAUUAACCAGAUUAAAUUAUAUAUAAUUGUCUUCUUGAUGCUUGUAUAAAUGCUGGAGAUUUGAAUAGAGGAUUUUAGUUAUUGAAUGAAAUGAAAUAAUCAUAAACUAUUCAAUUAGAUGAAAUUACAUAUAAUACAUUAAUAAAAGGAUGUGGAAGAAAGAAAAGAUUGAAUGAAGCAAUAAAUUUAUUUGAAGAAAUGAAAUAAAUUGGUAUUAAACCAAAUAGAAUAAGUUUUAAUUCAUUACUUGAUUCUUGUGUUAAAUGUAAUAAAAUGAAUAUUGCUUGGAGAUACUUUGAAGAAAUGAGAAAACAAUAUGGUAUAUUUCCAGAUAAUUUUACUUAUAGUAUUUUAGUUAAUGGAAUAAAAACGAACCAUUCUAAUCGAGAUGAAUUAUUGAGAGCUAUUUCUUUAUUGGAAUAGAUCUAAGAGACAGGAUAAUUUAAACCAGAUGAAAUUCUUUAUAAUUCUUUGAUUGAUGCUUGUGUAAAAUUUAACGAGAUUUAAAAAGGUAUGGAAUUAUUUAAAGAGAUGAAAAAUAAAUAAAUUGAGCCAUCAUCUGUAACUUAUGGUAUAUUAAUUAAAGCAUAUGGGAAAAUGAAUGAUUUAAAUGGAGCAUUUAGAAUGUUCGAAGAAAUGAAAUAAAAAAAGAUACCAAUAAAUGAUGUUACAUAUGGUUGUUUAGUUGAUGCAUGUGUUAGAAAUGAUAGAUUGGAUUAGGCUUUAUAAUUUAUUGAUUAAAUGAAAUCUUAAAAUUUACCUAUUAAUACAGUGCUUUACACAACCAUCAUCAAAGGAUUUUGUAAAUUGAAUUAGACUGAAGAUGCGAUGAAAUAUUUUAAUUUAAUGAAACAAUCUUCAAAAACAUAUCCAAAUCUCAUUACGUAUAAUUCCUUAUUAGAUGGAUUAGUAAAGAAUGGAUUGCUCAAUUAAGCAGAUAAAUUAUUUUAAGAAUUACUUGAAUCUAAUAUCAAACCAGAUUUAAUUACUUUUAGUACUUUAUUGAAAGGACAUUGUAGAAGAGGUAAUAUGAAAAGACUUAAUGAAACAGUUUAAACUAUGAUUAAUAAUUAAAUCACUCCUGAUGAAUCUUUAUUAUAAUUGAUUUUGGAAUCUUGUCUUAAUCAACAAUAAUUUCAUAAUGGUGUUUAAAUAUAUGAUUAAUUUUGUCAUUAAAUUCCUUAAUCAAUUUAAUUAUUAUUAAUAACAAUCAGAUUGCACAGUUAGGAUAAGUAAUUACUUUAAAUAAUUCCAUUAUUAAAUAGAUUAAAUUAAUUGAUGAAUGAAAAUAGAAUUUAACAUUAAUCUCUAGAAUAAACAAUUAAUUCCUUAUUAUAAAAUUAAUUAGAUGAAUAACUAUAUCCAAUAGUUACAAAUAUAGUUAUCAUGGCCUUAAAGAUGGAUUAUAAUGUAUAUAAUUUAGAAACAUUAGUAUCAGUGUAAAAUUCUUAAUUGAUGAAAUUAUUAUAAAAUACUACUUAAAUUCCAUGUAAUAAACUAGCUUAAAUAAUGGAUGAAUUAUCAAAUGAAGAUUAGAAUAUAUGUCGAUAAUAUAUAAAGAAAAAUAGUAAGAAUGAUUUGAAGGAACCUUUAAAUGAAUAAUUUGGGUAAGUAUUUUUAUAAUGUAACAAUAAUACUAAAAAGAGUAAACCAUAAGAAAGAUCAUCUCCAUUUAAUAAUGAAAACAAAGAGAAUAUGUAUCAUCCAAAGCGUUAGUAUAAUAAUUAUGGAAAGAAUGAUUUGAAUGAAUUCAUGCCAAACAAGGGAUAUGCAAAAAGAAGAUGA